UCUUGCGCAUGCGUACUUCCCAUUCUGUCAGACAGCGGCCGUCAGUAAACAUGGCCGGUGUUGGUUUCCGCCGCUGGGCCCAAGCUCUCUGUAGAGGGAACGGGUCUGGCAUUUCGGCCCUUGUGUCGGGAUGUAGAGCCGCCUCUGGUGUGUCAAAGGGUAGUCUACCUGGUCCAUACCCGACGACCCCAGAGGAGAAAGCUGCUGCAGCUAAGAAGUACAACAUGACGGUUGAGGACUAUGAACCAUAUCCCAACAAAGGAGAGGGCUACGGUGACUAUCCAAACCUUCCAGAGAGAUCUCAGCAUGAGAGAGACCCCUGGUACCAAUGGGACCACCCUGACCUGAGGAGGAACUGGGGAGAGCCGAUACACUGGGAUUUCGACAUGUACAUCAGGAACCGUGUGGACACAUCUCCCAGCCCUGUGUCCUGGUCCUCGAUGUGCAAACAGCUGUUUGGUUUCAUUGGCUUCAUGCUGUUUAUGUUCUACCUUGGGGAGAAAUUCCCAUCCUACCAACCUGUUGCAGCAAAACAGUAUCCCUACAACGACCUGUACUUGGAGAAAGGAGGAGAUCCCGAAAAAGAACCAGAGGAAGUAAAGCAUUAUGAAAUCUAACGAUUAAAACCUUCCACUCGUGUACAUAUAUGUAUUACUGUCAAAAAUAAAGACCCAUGUUAAAAAUGUAA